AUGUUAGACCCUCUUGGAAAACCUUUACCACCUGGAACCUAUACUACCAGUACUUACUCUGCCCAAAACACUUCAGUGGCUCCACAACAAGUCUACCAUUAUCCACCCCAACAACAAGGUUAUCAUCAAGAACCACAACCUCUUCCUCCUCAACAAGGAUAUGCUCCACCUCCACCACAACAGGUAUAUCACUAUCCACCACAACAAGGAUAUCACCCGCCUCCACAACCUCUUCCUCCUCAACAAGGAUAUGCUCCACCUCCAUCAGCAGGAUCUAGUUACUACCAUUAUAGCGCACAAUCGGUAGGAACAGCAGCCCAACAACCUGUAAUCGUACAACAACCAACACCUAUUAUUAUUCAACAACAACAACCACCACCAGCACAAGUAGUGCACACUGCACCUCCUAGACAACAAUCAAUGUUACCCGCUAUGAUGGUCGGUGUAGGUGUAGGUUCACUAAUGGGAAGAAGUAGAAGAAGAAGAAGAAGAUGUUAA